GACAUCUGGAGUGCGCGUGGUCCCUCGAUCCCAAUAUGCUCUCGAUCGAAUCGAGGGCGACGGAAGGCUCGGCAGCUCGUCCCUUGCCGCCGAAUGGCUGUAUGCAUGCCGAGGCAGCAGAGCACUACCACGCACGCCGUCCCGAUCCUGUACAUUUUUUGAUCAGGGAGCAAAAUAAGGAGGCCAGCCGUGCUAUUAGGUUGAUUGCAUAGUCCCGUUUGUGUCAGCUAUGGCCUCCAAGAAGGUGGUGCUGUUCCUGGGCCUGCACGACAACGACGCCAAGGAGAAGCGGAAGGUGCUCAAGGCAGUCUCCGCGCUCCCUGGCCUCGACCUGAUCUCCAUCGACAUGAAGGCGAGCAAGCUGACGGUGGUCGGCAUGGUCGAACCCAUCGAGCUCGUGACCAAGCUGCGCAAGCUCUGGCACGCAGAGAUCCUCUCCGUCGGGCCGGCAAAGGAGGACAAAGCAGCAGCCGCCGGGGAUAUAGAUAGGAGAGAAGGCGCCGGCGGCGGCGGUGUCGAAGAGGGCGACUACAGGAAACACCGGCAGGAGGUGACGGCGGAGCAGGUGGUGGAACGGCCCGCCGACAUGCGCUCGCCGUGGCCGCACGCGGUGGUCUACCCCGCGCCGCACCCGUACCCCUACCACCCCCACCACCAGUACGUCGACGGCGGCCACGGUGCGCGGGAGGACCCCCGCGACUACUAUGUCGCCGGCGGCCUCGGUGCAGGGGGAAGCCACCACCCCAACUCCUAUGUCAGGCACGGCCACGGUGCGCGGGAGGAUCCCCGCGACUACUAUGUCGCCGGCGGCCUCGGUGCAGGGGGGAGCCACCACCCCGGCUCCUAUGUCAGACACGGCCACGGUGCGCGGAGGAACCACCCCAACUCCUACGGUGCACAGGAUCCCAACGCUUGCGUCAUCUGCUGAUGGUGGUAUUGAUGAUCAUGGUGCCGAUCGAUUAUAUUUGGUCGUCUGGUUUUUAUUUGUAUUUUACAAGUACUUUUUGUCCAGGUAUGUGAAUGUGAUAACCGAAACAUAAGAACACAGGUAGUAUAUAGUUGCAGUCUCUAGCUUAUUUGAGCAUCAGUGAUCGUCCCAUCGAACUUUGUUGUGCUCAUUCCUGCCAUAGCUUGGGUUGCAGUGCAACUUCUUAGUGUGUUUUUUUGGGAUACUUCA